CUCCAGUUAGAUCCAGCCUCUUGGGGAUUCUGCUGCUGGUGGUGAAGCUUUUGGUGCUGCUCUAAGGAGCCGCAGCCCCAAGCCACAGUGCCCACGGUGGGGCACACGGCCACUCCCAGGUGGCUGUCUCCUGCUCCCUCCGCUCGGACUCCACGGGGUCCUCUGGACAGCUGCACCUGGUCCAGAACCGGGCCCACCUCUACAACUUCCUGCUCCUCAAGAUGGCCCUCUUCAACCGCUGGCUGGCGGGGCUGGGCCAGGAGGCUUGGGGGUCCCGCGGCCCCCAGGGUUCCCCACCCCCUGGGCUUGCAGCUCACCCCGCGGGCCAGGUGCUGCGGGCCGGGCUGGCACUGGUAGAAGUCCCGGUGCGGCUGGGGCUGCAGGCGCCCCGGCUGGCGUGGGCCGGCAUGCUGCGCUGUGCCCGGGCCGUGGGCCUGGCCCGCAAGCGGCUAGUCGUGUCUGCAGCCACCUGCACGGAGCUGCUGCUGUCCUGUCUGCACAGCCUGACGCUGGCAGUCUUGCUGCUGCUGCUGGUGACCAGGAGGCUGUGCGUGGGGGCCCAGCGCUUCAGCCUGGGCUCACUGCUCUGCAAGGCUCUGCUGGACAACCGUGUGGUGCCGGAGCUCCUGGCGCUGCUGAAGGGUCUGUACUGGCGGGUGGAGAACACAGCCACGCUCGCCUCCUGGCACCUGGCCUAUCUCAUCACCUGGACCACUUGCCUUGCCUCCCACCUGCUGCAGGCUGCCUUUGAGCACACAGCCCAGCUGGCCCAGGCCCAGGAAACUGAGCCCCAGGAGUGCCCAGGGCCCAUGUCUGAGUCCCCACUCCCUGAACGCCUGGGCCCUGAGGCUGGGCCAGCCCUGUCAGAGCAUGGAACCCCUGGAGAAUAAGUGUGUCCCCAUCUACCUUUCUGGAUCUGGUA